CAGUUACUUGUGGUGGUCCUGUUGCUCUUUUGUUGUGUCAUGGUGAAAGAAAUGGUGUAAACAUCAGGAAAAGGAGUCUUUUGUAGCAAGUCACGAAGAUCACUGUGGACCCUGGGUCUUCCCAAGGGAUUUUAAGGGUUAUAGUGUGUGAGUAAUGGGGUUCUUAGUGGUCUAAGGGCAUUUUAGUUGACGGUGAGCAGUCGAUAUUUCGCACCAUGGAGGUGAUACAGACACUGGAUCGCGACUGUUCUGCGUUGGCAGGACUUUUCCAAAUGGUCAUCAAUGAUAUGAAGGGGAGUGGGCCAAUGUGGGAGGAUUUCCUCAGUCGCGCCAGCAAGCUUCACCACGCCCUCAAAGCGACCCUGGUGGCCCUCUCCACCUUCCUUGACGCCUUCCAGAAGAUUGCUGACGCCGCCACCAGCACUCGAGGUAAGGUUGUCCUGUCCUCUCUCCUCCAUCCUCUCGGUACAAGUCAGUGUACGGGUAGAUGGUCACUGUACAGGUAGAUGGUCACUGUACAG